GGGCGUGAUCUCAACCAUCACAUGACAGAGUGUAUCUCUUCUUUUUAUUUCACAAGUGUGUUGACAGCUUUCCUCUGUAUAUAUCUGUACUGUGUUCGCCAUGGCCUCACUCAUGAUAACUGGAGUGUCUCCGAGCAGCUCUGUACUAGGAGCUUAUAGAGUACUGACUCCGGAGUUUCUCCAAUACAGGCAGAGUUCCCUCAGAUCUAGAGCCAGUGACUCAGAGGAGGUUAGAUGGAACAGUGGACUAGACACGGUGUCAUUGGUGCAGUCACGAGGGUCCGAUGAUGACCCUGCCCACAGCGCCUACACUAUAGUACCAGACUGGACCCAUUUAUUAGAUGAGGUACAGUACGAGGUCACCAACAUCAAGAGGAGAAUGCAGGAGCUGUGUCAGUUGCAGGACAAACACGCCACAAGACCCGACGUGUUCGAUGAUGUUGAGGAGGAACAAGAGAUUGAAAUACUCACUCAAGAAAUAUCCCAGAUGUUUAAUCGUGCCAAGAGAGGGCUGCAAUCCAUCAAUGCUAAGAGCAAAGAUGCCUCCGAUCAAGAGAAGAAGGUAGCAAAGAACGUAACGUCCUCACUCGCUAUGUCACUACAAGAUCUGUCAGUCAAUUUCAGAAAAAGUCAAUCAAGUUAUCUGAAACGUCUCAAGCAUCGUGAGGAGCGUGUGGUGGGCGGGGAGUUGAGUGCCACCUCAGCAUUUGAUGUAGACAAAGAGGACACAGAUCCCGAGGUCCUUUAUGACAGAGGGUUCACUAGUGGUCAGAUGUCUCUAGUGGAGGACAACAGUGUCAUGCUAGAGGAGAGGGAGAGAGAGAUCACGGCCAUCGUCCAAUCAAUCUCUGAGAUCAAUGAGAUGUAUCGCGACCUUGCCACGUUGGUUGUGGAUCAGGGCACUAUAUUGGACAGAAUUGACUACAACAUUGAGCAGACCUCCCACAGAGUCAAGGAAGGCAUCAGUCAACUCACCAGAGCAGAGAAACAUCAGAAGAGAUCUAUUAAACUCAUUGUCAUUUUAGUGCUGGUGGUUGUAGUGGGACUGGCUGUCGUAGCCCUAGUAGUCACCAAGAUUGUCAAACCUAGCUUCUUUUAAUGUGUCGCAUUUCUAUAGUAUCUAGAAUCUAUGUCAAUUUGUUUCAUAUGCAAUGUUCUUUUAAUUGUACAGUGUGAUUGUUUAUAAAA